AUGUCCCUCCUACCCCCAGAGGUGCACACCGCGCUUUCUCAGCUGCUCAGCGCUCUGAGCACCCCCGACAACACCGUCAGAUCCCAGGCGGAAGAUCAGCUCAAUAAUGAUUGGGUUCAAAACCGGCCAGAUGUCCUUUUGAUGGGAUUGGCUGAACAACUCGGCGGCGCAUCGGACACAAUAACUCGUGCCUUUUCCGCUGUACUUUUCCGCAGAAUCGCCACAAAGACCCGCAAGGAUCCUGCCUCGGGUGACGCCAAGGAGAUCUUCUCUAGCCUCCCCAUCGAGCAACGAGUCGCCAUCCGUGAGAAGAUCGUGGCCUGCUUGAGCAGCGAGUCCGUUAACGAUGUGCGCAAGAAGAUUGGAGAUGCAUUGGCCGAAGUUGCCCGACAAUACACCGACAAUGGCGAACAAUGGCCCGAACUUCUCGGUGUGUUGUUCCAGGCAAGUCAGAGCCCCGAGUCCGGCCUGCGGGAGACCGCAUACCGCGUUUUCACGACUACCCCGGGUAUCAUCGAGAGACAGCACGAGGAGGCCGUUCUCGAGGUCUUCACUAAGGGCUUCAAGGAUGAUAACAUUUCUGUCCGUAUCUCCGCCAUGGAGGCCUUCGCUUCCCUGUUCCGAUCGAUUUCCAAAAAGUCCCAGCCCAAGUUCUUUGGCCUCAUGCCCGAUCUCCUCAACAUUUUGCCUCCCCUCAAGGAAUCCUCAGAGAGCGAAGAGCUUUCGUCAGCGCUGCUUGCUCUGAUCGAAUUGGCGGAAAUCAGCCCGAAGAUGUUCAAGGCCAUGUUCAACAACUUGGUGAAAUUCAGCAUCAGUGUUGUCGCCGACAAGGAGCUUAGCGACCAAGUGCGUCAGAACGCACUCGAGCUCAUGGCUACCUUUGCCGACUACGCCCCGAACAUGUGCAAGAAGGAACCCGAAUUCGCACAGGAAAUGGUCACCCAGUGCUUGAGUUUGAUGACUGAUGUUGGUGCUGAUGAUGAUGAUGCCGAAGAGUGGAACGCGUCCGAAGAUCUCGAACCCGAAGAGAGUGACCUCAACCACAUCGCCGGUGAGCAAUGUAUGGACCGCCUCGCCAACAAACUUGGCGGGCAAGCCAUUCUCCAACCCGCUUUCUCCUGGAUUCCUCGCAUGAUGUCGUCGACCAACUGGCGCGAUCGCCAUGCCGCUUUGAUGGCCAUCUCCGCGAUCUCAGAGGGUUGUCGCGACCUCAUGGUCGGUGAGCUCGACCAAGUCCUGGCUCUUGUUGUCCCCGCCCUUCAAGAUGCCCACCCUCGCGUUCGCUACGCAGGUUGCAACGCUCUCGGUCAGAUGAGCACCGACUUCGCCGGCACUAUGCAGGAAAAAUACCACGAGAUUGUCCUCACCAACAUCAUUCCCGUUCUUGCCUCAUCCGAGCCUCGUGUGCAAUCUCACGCCGCUGCGGCCCUCGUCAACUUCUGCGAGGAAGCUGAGCGGAGCACUCUCGAACCCUACCUAGGAAACCUUCUCAGCCACCUGCUCGGUCUCUUGCGCAGCCCCAAGCGUUAUCUGCAAGAACAGGCGCUGUCUACUAUUGCUACUAUUGCCGAUUCCGCCGAGGCCGCGUUCGACCAGUACUACACAACAUUGAUGCCUCUUCUGCUCAAUGUCCUGAAGGAGGAACAGGGCAAGGAAUACCGCCUUCUCCGUGCCAAGGCUAUGGAGUGUGCCACCUUGAUCGCUCUGGCCGUCGGUAAGGAGAAGAUGGGCCAAGACGCCCUCAACCUUGUUCAAAUCCUGGGCAACAUCCAGCAGAACAUUGUCGACGCCGACGAUCCUCAGUCACAAUACCUUCUCCACUGCUGGGGCCGUAUGUGCCGUGUCCUAGGUCGCGAUUUCGUCCCGUACCUGCCUGGCGUUAUGCCUCCUCUUCUGACAGUGGCCGCCGCCAAGGCUGAUAUCCAAUUGCUAGAUGACGAGGACCAGAUCGAGCAGGUUGAGCAAGAUGAAGGUUGGGAGCUUGUUCCUCUCAAGGGCAAGGUCAUCGGAAUCAAGACCAGUGCUCUUGAGGACAAAAACACUGCCAUCGAGCUCAUCACCAUCUACGCCCAGAUCUUGGAGGAGAACUUUGAGCCUUACGUCAUGGAGACCAUGGAGAAGAUCGCUGUUCCUGGUCUUGCUUUCUUCUUCCAUGACCCUGUCCGCGUAUCUGCCGCUAAGCUGAUCCCCCAGUUGCUUAACUCCUUCAAGAAAUCACACGGACAGCAGUCACCUGGUUUCGCUGAGAUGUGGACCAAGGUUGCUGAGAAGAUCAUUGAGGUUCUGAGCGCCGAGCCUACCGUUGAUACCCUGGCCGAGAUGUACCAGUGCUUCUACGAGUCAGUGGAGGUGGUUGGCCGAAACUCUCUCACCCCCCAGCACUUGCAGGCCUUCAUCGAGUCUGCCAAGUCAACCCUUGAGGACUACCAGAUGCGCGUUAAGCAACGCUUGGAGGAGCAGGCCGAACUUGAAGAAGGCGACGAAGAGAACUUGGACUUCGAGUACGCUAUUGAGGACGACCAGAACUUGCUGAGUGACAUGAACAAGGCCUUCCACACCAUCUUCAAGAACCAAGGAAACUCCUUCCUGCCAACCUGGCAGCAACUGGUGCCAUUCUACGAUGCAUUCAUCAACAGCCAGGACCCCACACAACGGCAAUGGGCCCUCUGCAUCAUGGACGAUGUGCUGGAGUUCUGUGGCGACGAAUCCUGGACCUACAAGGACCACAUCAUGCGUCCAUUGGCCGCUGGUCUGCAGGAUGAGAACGCAGCUAACCGCCAGGCUGCCGCUUAUGGUGUCGGUGUGGCCGCACAGAAGGGUGGGCCUGCAUGGAGCGACUUUGUAGCAGCCAGCCUUCCCAGUCUGUUCCAAAUCACACAGCAUGCGCAGUCUCGCACGGAAGAGAAUGUCUUUGCCACUGAGAACGCUUCCGCCAGUAUUGCUAAGGUCCUUCACUACAAUGCAUCCAAGGUUCAGGCUCCCCAGGAUGUUGUCGUCACCUGGAUUGAGACUCUGCCCAUUACAUACGAUGAAGAGGCUGCUCCCUACGCCUACUCUUUCAUUGCGCAGCUGAUUGAGCAACAAAACCCUGCCAUCUUCGCCAAGGCUGACCGAGUUUUCGGUUUCAUUGUGCAGGCGCUUGAGGCUGCUACCUUGCAAGGUCAGACUGCUGUGCGGGUGGCCGCAGCCGCAAAGCAGCUCGUAGCCGCGACCGGCGCAAACGCAGAUCAAAUCCUGGCUUCUGUUGACCCGAACAACCAGGAGCGUGUGCGCAAGUUCUUCCAAUAG